UUAUAGAUAAAAAAAUCGAUGUAGGUUCAAUUAAUAUCAACCUAGCUUUUCCAACGAACCAAUCUCUUCAUACAAGCAUAGGAAUUAAUGGGCAAGAACGCCUAUAUAUAUCGUCACCUUGCACAACAUUUUCUUGCACCAGCAAUUACCAUUGAAAUCACAUAGAAAGGAAAACACAAGUUUCUUUUUAAGUACUCGUAUUCUUGAAAAAUGGCUAGAAUGGUAAUGAUGGUCUUAUGUGUAGUCGUUACAUGCAUGGUGGUGGCUGAAACCUAUGCUCAGGGUAUUACCUGUGAUCAGGUGGUUAGUGACUUAUCGCCAUGCUAUGGCUACUUAACAAAUAGCGGUGCUGUGUCAUCGGCAUGUUGCAGUGGGGUUGACGCACUCAAUAGCGCUGCAAAUUCAGCCUCUGCUCGUCAGACUGCAUGUAACUGCUUGAAGAGUUUUUACUCAUCCAACUCCGGCAUCAAUCUCUCUAACGCUGCCAGCCUUCCCAGCGACUGUGGUGUCAACCUUCCUUAUAAGAUCAGUCCAAGCACAGACUGUUCCACGGUGGAGUGACGCGGAGAUUCUUAUGCAUGUUUGGAAGACUGGAAGCAUAUAUAUCUAAAUUUAUAAUAAAUAUCGAGAGCAUUGUAUUAUUGUUAGACAUAUAUGACUGUAUGUGUCUCUUUAGUUUGUACCGGCCUUAAUUUCACUUCAAAUAAUGUCAUGUAAUUGCAUUUUAAUUAAUAGAUGAAUAUAUAAUAUUCAGAAUACGCAUAUAACUUAUACUAAAUAUGAAAAUUAUCUUCGCUAACGAAAUAAAAAU